CAAAGCAAUGCCAACACAAUUGAUGGCAAACCUGUGGAUCCAUUCCUGAAGAAUAUCUACGAAACAAACGAGAAAUCACAGAAACAUUUGUCGGAUGAGGAGACGGCUGUACUCAUAGCUCACGGAUCGCUAACUGGGACUCAAAUAGUGGCCAAUAAUUACAAACUGGAAACCGAUUUCAUCGGAGGGUUUGUCGUCGGCUCGAAGACCAGAGUCCAAGAAAGUGUUCUUUAGAUUUAUAAUGUAUUUAAAUAAUUAUUUAUUCUGUAAUUUUUUAAAAUAAAAGUAAUAAACUUUUAUAUUUAAUUUAACAAGUAUAAA